GUAAUAUAAUCCUAGAAAGCAGUAUUCAAAAAUGUUACAGAAUCUUAUAAAAAUUGGUUUUCCAAUAUCUAAUCUUAUUUUGAUAAGUGGCUCCAGACAGACUUGGAAUUUACAAGGUUAGGAUCCCAAAUUCCUCAAAACUAAAUGCAGCAGCUUAAUGAUACCACCAUAAGGCUUAUCAAGCAGAUUUUCCAAGUAAGCCCAGGCUUAACAGUCUUAGGCUUUUGAUGAGAACAAGCAUGCAAAAGAAUGGGAGAUGAUGGUUGGAGACCUGAUAUUUGCAGUAUACUCGAUCUUUACAUAUCUGCUGGCAUCUUACUAUCCUUCUUACAUCAAAUUCUGCAUGUGUUUGAGCUGCUCUGUAGGUUUACUUAUGAUAAACUCGCUGUUCAUCACCAAGCAUGAAAGUUAUUUUAAUUGAUAUGUAUCCUUAGCUUAGUGUUAUUGAUUCUUUACACCAAUAUUAACCCCUUUUAAAAGACUACUGAACAUUCCAGUAUUCUUUCUCAGUGUAGAAUGCACUCCUACAGAUCUUACUGUCAACUUUGAAAAAUAGAGUGCAAGCGUAGUUUCAUCAGUUGGGUCAGCUUGCUAUUUCUACUGUGGACUUAGCAUAAUUCACUAAAAACUCAAGAAUAUGUAUGAGAUUAUCCUGGAGAAUGGUAAACUUGUCAAGGAGAAGGUAAAGGUGGCAAUAGAGUUCACUCACCCUGUCUUGAUUCUCCCUGAGAAGUCUUCAUCAUCCUUCCAAUUUUACUCAAAUUCUGAGUUUGAAUCUAAAAUGUACUCUCUUCAGCAACAAAUAGAGAACUUGGAGAAAGUUGAUGGCUUGGAUAAAGUAAAGAGGAAAGAUUUGAAGUCCAAUGAGAAUAAACUUAAUCUUCUCAGAUACCUAUCUCAGCAACAAAAAGGGUUCAAAAUGAGCAAUGGGAAUGCUAGCUCCCUUCAAGAUUUUAACACAACAUUUGAUAGUAAUAUUGUUUUAUUUUAA